AUGCAGGAGGUGAACAUCGAAUCGGGAGUACAGCUUUUUUCCCGCAUCCAGACCGAAAGCGCUCACGCCCUUGACGGGAUUUACCCCAAAUUGUUUCCCGAUGGGGGCCCCUUCGGUAACCAAGUGGUUGAGGUCGUAUUUAGCAAGGAAACCGACCCAACCGAUUGGUUUGCUGAUGUUAUCGCCAAAGCCGUGCUCCCUUCGAGUCUGCACCCCGAAUUCAAGCAGUCCCAGGUGAUUUUCUUCAACACCGAAGCGCAGCUCAAUAUCUUCAAACUCAUCAAGUUCAUGGAGAAAAAGCUUCGGCAAUGCAGCCAGAAAACUGCCGUAGUGGAACAGGCUAUGUCCAGACUAGUGCUGCUCAACUGUUACACAGCCGAUCAGCUCGAAAUAACGUUUUACAACCUGGAAAACAUCAUCCGCCACCUGGACAGUCCCAGUUUGGUGAUUCUGGACAACAGCCUGUCCCAGUACUGGACCAGGCGGUUUGAGUCCAGCAAGCCCAUGCUGAGCUUCAAACGCCACUCCAUCCAGAUUGUAAAUGAACUUUUCGAGAAAGUCAAAGGUCUCAAUGUGGUACUGAUGUUUGGGCGCUCCGGCGACUACCAAUCAAGGAGCGCCCACAUCGACUACACUAUACAAAUUGCUCGGGAAAAGUUGGCCACGGUAACGGAUUGGGGAAGAAACAGGAAAUUUAAAGCGGAUAUUGAUCUGGAGUUUCACUAG